GGUAGAGUUUGGUGAGGAGUGGAGUCUGUGAGGUGGAUCUGAUGGAGGCCUGAGGCCUAGUCCAGUGACCACGCAUCCAUUACCCGUUUACCGAGGUGAAAGUGAAAGCCUUGCGGGGAAGCGGCCGACAGGCACACAAAAUGUUUACUGACCCCACAACAGAAGGACGGCCGGAGGAGACAUCUGCGCCACCGCCACUGUCUGCUGUAUCUGGGAGGAAGAAUGGCGUAGGAGCCUUCUGAUCAGACAGAGGUCGAGUGUUCUCCUCAGGGAUGGAGGGAUCCUACAUUCUUCUGAUCUUAUUCUUCGGAUCUGACUCCUUCCAGGACCACAGCGUCUAUCGCAACUCCGACCGGAACCAAGAUUACACCACGGCGACCAACUAUCUCCUCAGUCCUAUCCGCAAUGUGGUCCAGAGCUCCCGAGGGGCCAACGUCACCCUCCCCUGUAUCAUGAGGCGGCGGCCCAGGAGCUACAAGGUCAAGUGGAGCAAGGUCAACCCUGAAGACCCCUUGGAAAACCUCAUCGUCAUCUCCAACGGUCGGUACCACAAGAACUACGACAAUCUGAGGGGCCGGGUGAGGCUGAGGAGGAGCCAUAGACUGGACGCUUCCCUCAUCAUCACCAACGUGACCUUAGAAGAUGAAGGACGGUACAAGUGUGAACUGGUCAAUGGCCUGGAGGACCAAAGCUUGACUUUAUCUCUACACUUAGAAGGGGUUGUGUUUCCAUAUCAGUCCAAGGAGGGGCGCUAUCACUUUAAUUACGUCCAAGCCCAUCAAGCCUGUGAAGAACAAGAUGGGAGACUGGCCACCUACGCCCAACUCUACCAAGCCUGGACUGAUGGCCUUGACUGGUGCAACGCAGGGUGGCUUCUGGAAGGGACUGUACAUUAUCCGGUCAUUGUCCCACGAAAUCCAUGUGGAGGCGCUCUACCUCCGGGGAUACGCAGCUAUGGACCCAAAGACAAAGUCAAGGACAGAUACGAUGCCUUCUGCUUCACCUCGGCUCUUAAAGGUCAAGUCUACUUUGUCCAUGGUCCAAUGACCUUCCGAGAAGCUUCCGCUGCCUGCCGUUCCCGCAAAGCCGAGAUAGCCAAAGUUGGGCAUCUUUACGCGGCAUGGAGGUUCUUUGGCCUGGAUCACUGCGAUGGGGGCUGGUUAUCAGAUGGCAGCGUCCGCUUUCCAAUCACGGACCCCCGUGAACGCUGCGGAGGGCUCCCAGACCCGGGAGUGAGGAGUUUUGGGUUUCCCAAUGAAGACGAGAGAUUGUAUGGGGUGUAUUGUUAUGCCGCCACCUAGGACCUGGGGAAGGAGUCUUCUGGAGACAAGGAUGUGGACCCCCGGAUGAUACAUGGACCUGGUCCAGGACAUGGAGUUCUAAUCAUCAUGGUUCUAGCUGAGAUGUGUCAACCUAGUAGUCAAUAGUCUUCAAUAUUUAUACGUCAGGGUCUACGAGGGCUGCUCUACUUUUCAGCAUUUUAAAGGUUAAAACUCCAUAUAGACUUGACCUCAUACUUCAUACACUUGACAACCCGCCAGAAGUCCCAAGAGACUUCUGAAAAAGGGGAGGUCUCCUGUGCUCCUGGAGGAAAUGCCAUAUCUCUCGAUUGCCCUGCAUACCCAGAACCGGCUCUUCAAAUAGGCAAAAUAGGCAGCUGCCUAGAGCGCCCUCUUGAUUGGGUGCGCCACUCUGCCUGCCACAAAAAAGUUAGACAACCAGCAUUCAAACCACUCGCUCAGUUUGUUACAGUGUGUCACUCCAGUAGUAAGCAAAUUACGAGGAGUGGGCUUGUA